CCAGUCGCCACUCGCCAGUACACUCGACGCACUCCCACUCUAUUUAUGUCGCUAGCUAGCAGCGCUGGAUCACUUGGUCACUAGUCACUUCCAACCAGAGCUUGCGGAGCCAGCGUUCCAAAGCUCUCCUGCGAUCGCGGCGCGUCUGGCUGCGGGUGGCUGCUCGGAUGGGGCGGUCGCCGUGCUGCGAGAAGGAGGCCGGGCUGAAGAAGGGCCCGUGGACGCCGGAGGAGGACCAGAAGCUGCUCGCCUACAUCGAGCAGCACGGGCACGGCUGCUGGCGCUCGCUGCCGGCCAAAGCCGGGCUGCGGCGGUGCGGCAAGAGCUGCCGGCUCCGGUGGACCAACUACCUGCGGCCGGACAUCAAGAGGGGCAAGUUCACCCUCCAGGAGGAGCAGACCAUCAUCCAGCUCCACGCACUCCUCGGGAACAGGUGGUCAGCGAUCGCGACGCACCUGCCGAAGCGCACGGACAACGAGAUCAAGAACUACUGGAACACGCACCUCAAGAAGCGGCUCGCCAAGAUGGGCAUCGACCCGGUCACACACAAGCCCCGCGCCGACGCGGCGGGCGCCUCGUCGACGGCCUCCGGCGCGCGCUACAGGGCCGCAGCGCAUCUCAGCCACACCGCGCAGUGGGAGAGCGCGCGACUGGAGGCCGAGGCGCGCCUGGCGCGAGAGGCCAAGCUGCGCGCACUCGCCUCGCCGCCUCCGUUCGCACCAGCGCCAGCGGCCAGCGGGCUUGAGUCGCCGACGUCGACGCUGAGCUUCUCCGAGAGUGCGCUGUUCGCCAGCGUGGCUCACGACAUGCACGUCGCGGCGCGCGCGCCCGUUCAGCCCGCGCGCUCUUACGGGGAGGCGUUCGGAGAGCAGCAACGCUUCGGCGACGCCGCCACGCCAGGGUUCCUUGCCGGAGUACUUCUUGACUGUUCUGUUGCCGGCGCGGAACAGAGGUUCGCAGCCACAUCGACAGACGCUAGCGUCGGUGAGCAGGAGGAGGAGGACAAGGGCUACUGGAGCAGCAUAUUUAGCAUGGUCAACUCGUCCAUGACGUCGUCUUCUUCGUCCUCGUUGACUUCCGAUGCGGUUACGGACCCGGCGAUGUACUUACCGCCGGCGGCAGAGUUCCGAGUGUUCGACAACUAAUUUGAAUGCUUGCACUCACGCAGUAGGGCCUGUGGCUGUCGUGCAAUGAACUUGUGCUAAUAUUACUUUGUUAAGGAUGUUGCUAGGUUAAUUUCGACGUGUUUUGAUUUAGUCUAUGUGCAAUAAGCAUGUACUGAUUUUGUUUGUAUUUGUCUAUGUGAUGCAGUUUAAUCAACAAAGAAUAGUGUUAACGCUGA